AUGCGCGUGUUUGGAUGUCGGGCGUUUAUCCUGACACCAAGGGAGAAGCGAUUGAAGUGGGACCCGAAGGCUCGUGAAGGGAUGUUCAUGGGCUACGAAGAAGCGUCAAAAGCUUAUCGAGUGUACGACAUUGAGGCGGGCCAAGUGGUGAUCAGUCUGACAUCACCUUCGACGAAUCGACUUUUGACUUUUCGAUGGACCGACCAAGUGACGAUGAUGAAGAUGCGGAGUUGGACCUCGACCUCCUGGCGAUCAACGAGGACGACGUGCGUCAAACCGUCUACAAGCAAGACUGGCAAGCGCAAGAGUGAAGCAAGACCCGGCAUGUCACGUUCAGCUCGCCCUCGAACUGGGUUGGAACAAGCAAGCGCGCCGGAACACGUCUCCAACCGUCACCAGAAACGACGAUCAAGUGCUCCAGAAACGAUGUCUGAUGACGAAGAAGACGCGAGCGUCUACGAUCAAGAUGACGACUCGACGCCUCCAACAUUUUGGCGUGCAAGUGCAAACGCAGUGGAAGCAACGGACCUAGCAGAACCUGUGACUUUUCAAGACGCGAUCAAUGGUCCUGAUCAAGCUCACUGGCGAAAUGCUGUGAAGACGGAACUCAAGUCGAUGCAUCUUCGUGGAGUUUUCCGUGCGGCAAGACUGCUAAGAGGCCAAGGCGCGAUCGGCACCAAGUGUGUGUUCAAGAUCAAGCGCAAAGCGGAUGGAUCGGUCGAGAAAUACAAGGCGCGUCUCGUUGCCAAGGGCUUCAAGCAGAAGUACGGCAUCGACUACACAGAGACGUUCUCGUCCGUGGUCAAGUACGUGACACUGCGUGUGGUGAUCGCGAUCACCAAGUAUUUCGACUGGCCACUGGACCAACUCGAUGUGGUGACAGCCUUUCUCUACGGAGUGAUGAAGGAGAAGGUGUACUACGUGAUACCAGAAGGCGUCGAGAUGGAUGGCGACUUCGACUGUCUCGAGUUGAACGAGACUUUCGACGAGUUCGUAUGCUUUAUCGGUUUCGAAGUGUCGGCGUUCGACCCAUGUCUCUACAUCAAGGUUGUCGACGGUCACUGUGUGCUCGUGCUGGUCUACGUGGAUGACGUGUUGGUCACCGGCAGCUCGCUCGAGUUGAUUGCGCAGACGAAGGCCGACCUCAAGACGCGUUUCGAGAUGACCGACAGUGGCAAGUGUACUUUUGUACUGGGCAUCGAGCUGGUGGACGAAUCGGAUGGCAGCGUGACGAUGUGCCAGCGACGGUAUGUCAACGACAUCCUCAAGCGCUUCGGCAUGGAUGAGUGCAAGGCCACAGCAAGUCCGGUCGAUUUGAGCACUCGGCUUGUCGCAAGCAGCGAAGCGGCCAAGAUCGACGUUCCGUUUCGUGAAGCUGUGGGAGCUUUGAUGCACUUGACGACUGCGACGCGCCCAUACAUUGCGUAUGCCGUGGGGUAUGUCUCGCGCUUCAUGGAGAAUCCGCAGAAAGAACAUUGGACGGCGCCAAGCGACAAGAUCGACUUUCGUGGCUACUCGGACGCGGACUGGGCCGGCGACCACGCUGAUCGCAAGUCGACUUCGGGUUACACUUUCAUGCUGAUGGGUGCCCCUAUGAGUUGGGGAAGCAAGAAGCAGUCAAGUGUGUCGUUGUCGACGAGUGAAGCGGAAUAUAUCGCGCUAAGUCUGGUCAUCCAGGAAGGCAAGUGGAUACAUCGUCUGUUGUGCGAGAUUUUGGCGGCCGCAAACGAACCAGGACCGGAUCUCGUCAUCCGUGAAGACAACCAGUCGUGCAUCAAGAUGACGAAGAAUCAGGUGAAUCAUGGCCGCGCCAAGCACAUCGACAUCAAGUACCAUCACAUCCGUGAUGAGGUCAAGCGCGGUGAAGUGCAGCUCGAGUAUUGCGAGACUUCCGUGAUGAUGGCGGACAUCAUGACCAAGGGACUUUCGGGACCUCGCCACAAGGACUUGACGACGGCUCUCGGCAUUCGUGCAAGUUCGGAUUGA